AUGCUAGGGACGACGAGCUCGUCGCUUUCUCCCUCCAUUUUAAAUCCAUCAUACUGUGCGCCGCGGCAGGCGUCGCAUCUUCUAGGGUUUGUGCCGGGGAUCGUUUGCGCCGAUCUUCACGAAGAGGCGCGGCUCGAUCGAUCGGAUGGCCGCCUCCGCGUUGGCAAUCCCCCGGCGCGCCCCAGCAACAGUGAAUCUCUCCGGAGGGUUUUGUGGGGUGAUCCAGGCUGGAGAGCGCUCGCAAUGCGACAAGCGAUCGUCCACCUUUGUCUCCAUGUUUAUUAUCAUCCACGCGUGAUCGCUUUUCCCAGUGGAGCUUUCAAGGUUUGCCACCGCCUGCGCUUUCACUCCCACGCCCUUGGAUCGCGAUUCUUUCUCCUCUCCUCGCGUAUGAAAUGCGGGAGAAGGACGAGGCAGGAAAGAAUGGGAUCAUCAUCCAGGCGAUCCCGGAGAAGAAGAGACCCCGUCGCGUUGGUUUGCUCCAUUUUCUUCUCCUGGGUGUUUGCUGCGAGCUCGAGCUGUGUUCCUGGAGCUGGAUGUCCGCGAGCUCUCCUGGUUUUUAAUAUCUCUGCGGUGGAUCCAAGCUCGCUACAGGUGAUCUACGACAGGUUUUCUACAAGCUCCCAGCUCGUUUCUCAGUACAACCAACUUGGUAGCGGCAACAACUCAGCACAGAUUUUCAUUCCUUUCGACUGCCAAUGCGUGAGAAAGGUUCUCCAGCACAACUUCCCAUAUGAGAUCGCCCCCGACGACACUACUCUCUUCAUCAUCGCGAAAGAAAAGUUCCAAGGCUUAACGAGGGAUGACUGGAUUGCCGAGGCCACGCCAUUGAAGGACAAGAACACCAUCUUCGCGGGAUUAAACGUCAAGGUUCCCGUCAACUGCUCGUGUGGAAAUCCAGACGUGGAUCGUAGCUAUGGACUUUUUGCUACGUAUGUAGUACAGCCGGGUGAUACGCUCUCGACCAUCUCUGCCAGGUUUAAGGUUCCGGACCAGCAACUUCUCCAGCGGUUUAAUCCACAUAUCGACUUCCAGAGGCUUAUAGCUCAGAGCAUUGUCUUCGUUCCGGCCAAAGAUUCGAAUGGUUUAUAUCCACCUUACAGCAGCGAUGACGAUGGUCACGGUGGAGUCCGGAGGUCUACCAUCAUUGGUGCGUCCGUUGGAUCGAUUCUGGCUGUGCUUCUUGCUGCUGCCGCGGGAAUGGUAUUCUUCCUGUGGAAAAGAAAACAUCUCCAGCAAGACGAGAAAAACGAUCGUCUUCCUUCGCCAGUAGCCAGCAGCACAGUGUCGGCAUUGCGAAAAGCAUCAGGAACUCCAACGCCUUCAGGAGUGCUGCGAUCAAACAUAUCCUCGACGACUAGCGUUCGAUCUGCAAUCUCGGAUAUUGCUCUGGAAAAGUCCAUUGAGUUUUCACUUCAUGAACUUGUAGCGGCUACCAAUAACUUCAACGAAACAAACAAGAUUGGACAAGGUGGAUACGGUUCUGUUUACUACGGCUAUUUUCGAGAUCAGAAGCUGGCUGUGAAACGGAUGAAUAUGCAAGCUACCAAGGAGUUUUUAUCCGAGCUUAAAAUCUUGAGCCGCGUUCAUCACUCGAACUUGGUCCAGCUGAUAGGAUACUGUACAGUUGAGUCUUUGUUUUUAGUUUACGAAUUUGUUGAUAAUGGAACUUUAGCGCAACACUUGCACUCCGCAACCCGACCACCACUUAGCUGGUCUUCCAGGAUCCAGAUAGCAAUGGACGCCGCAAGAGGGCUGGAGUACAUACACGAGCACACAAAGCCAACAUAUAUUCACCGAGACAUUAAAUCCACCAACAUUCUCAUCGAUAAAAAUCUUCAUGCCAAGGUUGCUGAUUUCGGUCUCAGCAAGCUAACAGAGACCGGCAUGACAAGCAUAUCACUCACACAACCCACGCGUUUGGUUGGAACAUUUGGCUACAUGUCUCCAGAAUAUGCACGAUAUGGGGAUGUCUCGCCAUUCCUUGAUGUUUACUCGUUUGGCGUAGUCCUGUUUGAGAUCAUAUCCGCUCAAGAGGCUAUAGUAAGAACGCAGAGUGGCAUUCUUUCGAAUAAGGAUGAACAGAAGGGGCUUGCCACACUGUUUGAGGACGUGCUGCAAGAUGAUACAAACGGAAAAGAGAGGCUUCGAGACUUGAUGGAUCCUCGGCUGGGUGACAAUUACCCACUAGAGGCUGCUUGGAGUCUCGCGAAAUUAGCAGGAGCGUGUACCAAAGAGAACCCCGAGUUGAGGCCCAACAUGAGAACAGUGGUGGUGGCGCUUAUGACACUCGUGCACAACACAGCUAGUAACUCUUAAAUCCUCUAAAGGUAAAAACACUUAUCUGUAGAUACUAAAAACCUUUACAGAAAUAAAUCGAAGCUUUGCUGGAAA